GUUCCUGUGGCAACAGGGAAACUCGCAGCCAUGUGAGUGCCCGCUCUGUCCCUGUCUUGCGCAGCAAGGCCACCACCAGGGCCCCAGCCCAAGCUCCCGCCCAUGGUGCAUCCUGCAGCCUCCAGGGACAGCAGUGCCAGCCCAUGAGGCUCCCAGACCCCACUGAGUGCCGCCCUGAAGGAUGUCCCAGCUCUCCUCCACCCUGAAGCGCUACACAGAAUCGGCCCGCUACACAGAUGUCCCUUAUGCCAAAUCGGGCUAUGGCACCUAUACCCCCUCCUCCUAUGGGGCCAACCUGGCCGCCUCCUUUCUGGAGAAGGAGAAGCUUGGUUUCAAGCCAAGCCCCCCCACGGGCUUCCUCCCCCGUCCCCGCACUUACGGCCCCUCCUCCAUCCUGGACUAUGACCGGGGACGCCCCCUGCUGAGACCUGACAUCAUCGGGGGUAGUAAACGAGCAGAGAGCCAGACCCGGGGCACUGAGCGGUCUUCAGGCAGUGGACUUAGUGGGGGCAGUGGAUUCCCUUACGGAGUGACCAGCAACUCCCUCAGCUACCUGCCUGUGAAUGCUCGUGACCAGGGGGUAACCUUGACCCAGAAGAAAUCGAAUAGCCAAUCAGACCUGGCUCGGGAUUUCUCCAGCCUCCGGACUUCAGAUAGCUACCGGACCUCAGAUGGCUACCGGAUAGACCCCGGGAACCUAGGCUGCAGCCCUAUGCUGGCCCGCACACGCAAGGAGCUCUGUGCCCUGCAGGGGCUCUACCAGGCAGCCAGCCGCUCGGAGUACCUGACGGACUACCUAGAGAACUAUGGUCGCAAGGGCAGUGCACCUCAGGUGCUCACGCAAACCCCUUCCUCACGAGUCCCUGAAGUUCUCAGUCCCACCUUCCGACCCAGUGGCCGCUACACGCUGUGGGAGAAGAGCAAGGGCCAGGCCCCUGGGCCCAGCCGCUCCAGCUCACCAGUACGAGAGGCCUUGAAUUCUAAGAGUGCCCAGGGUCUGGCUGGUCUUCGAAACCUUGGGAACACGUGCUUCAUGAACUCGAUUCUGCAGUGCCUGAGCAACACCCGGGAGCUGAGAGAUUACUGCCUCCAGAGGCUCUAUAUGCGGGACCUCAGCCACACCAGCAAUGCACACACAACCCUCAUGGAAGAGUUUGCAAAACUAAUCCAGACCAUAUGGACUUCAUCCCCCAAUGAUGUGGUGAGCCCUUCUGAGUUCAAGACCCAGAUCCAGAGAUAUGCACCACGCUUCGUUGGUUAUAAUCAGCAGGAUGCUCAGGAGUUCCUCCGCUUUCUUCUGGAUGGGCUCCACAAUGAGGUGAACCGAGUGACAGUGAGGCCUAAGUCCAACCCUGAGAACCUUGAUCAUCUCCCUGAUGAUGAAAAAGGGCGACAGAUGUGGAGGAAAUAUCUAGAACGAGAAGACAGUCGGAUUGGGGAUCUCUUUGUUGGGCAGCUAAAGAGCUCCCUGACAUGUACCGACUGUGGUUACUGCUCUACAGUCUUUGAUCCCUUCUGGGACCUCUCACUGCCCAUUGCUAAGCGAGGUUAUCCUGAGGUAACACUAAUGGACUGCAUGAGGCUUUUCACCAAAGAGGAUGUGCUUGAUGGUGAUGAAAAGCCAACAUGCUGUCGCUGCCGAGCCAGAAAAAGAUGUAUAAAGAAAUUCUCCAUCCAGAGGUUCCCAAAGAUCUUGGUGCUCCACCUGAAGCGGUUCUCAGAAUCCAGGAUACGAACCAGCAAGCUCACAACAUUUGUGAAUUUCCCACUAAGAGACCUGGACUUGAGAGAAUUUGCCUCAGAAAACACCAACCACGCUGUUUACAACCUGUAUGCUGUGUCCAAUCACUCCGGAACCACCAUGGGCGGCCAUUAUACAGCCUACUGCCGAAGUCCAGUGACAGGCGAAUGGCACACUUUCAAUGACUCCAGUGUCACGCCCAUGUCCUCCAGCCAAGUCCGCACCAGCGACGCCUAUUUGCUCUUCUACGAGUUGGCCAGUCCACCCUCCCCAGUCUGUGGGGAGAAGAUCUUCGUCCACCUGCCGUCCUCUCCAGCCCCUGCGCCUCCUGGGAAGACAGCACCCUCUGGAGCCUUCUGGGAGCAUCAUUGCCUGCAUCAUGGCACCGUUGAGGAGCUGGCGCCUGUCUCUACCUGGACCUGCUCACCAGUCCAGAGCAGGAAGCACCCAUGAGCCAAGAGCCCUCUUAACGCUGCUAACUCCAAGGGCACAGGCAAGGGGACAUCUUUGAGGAAAGCUGGUUUGGGUUUUUUUUUAAAGCCCAGAUUUUUUUACUUACCGUAAUGAAAGUGUUCAGACUGGAGACCCUCUCCUCCACACCCCUUCAUAGCUGGCAUGUUGGGCUGGUCCUUUUUGUGUAAUUCUUCAAGUAGAACUUUCCCAGUGCUAGCCCCCUGUGGUGCUAGGCGGGGUUGGCCAGGCCCAAGCACACCACAGUAGACCUGGGAUCUAAACAAGUUUUUGUUUGGGGUUUUUCAUUUUGUUUUGGAUGGAAUCUAGUUGCCUCCAAGAAUUGUGCCUUAUAGCAUUUGGGGACCAGGGGGUAACUGCCCCUCCCUGAAAUAUCCCUCAGUCCCUUCCCUUUUCCCCAGUGCCAUGUUCAAACCCACUGGGGGAAAUAGGGUCCCGCCCUGAGCCCCUGGUACGUUGUGCAUUGCAGUGAGGCUAAGAGGGAAGUAGGUAAAACGAUUUCUUACGAUAGUGUAUCAGUCCUUCCUGUCCGCCACCUCUUACCUACCCUGGUCUACUCCCUAGCUGUUUGAAGGAUAGCACAAGCCCCCUGUCCCUCAAGCUUCUCUCCUUUAAUUUAUUCUCUUUUAACAUCCCUUUCCCCUUGCCUUCCUGCCACCUGCCCCUUCUCAGAGCCUCCUAGACACAGGCCCUCUGGACCGAGUUUCUCAGGGAUGCCCAUGCCACCCCUCAGCUCCUCUUGGUGUUGGCCUUUGGUCCUUCCUUAGGAGCUGGAGCCUGGGUGUCUGGGGACAUCUUGCCUCUGUUGUAUGAUUCCUGGGUUUUGCCCUAAGUUGUUAGACAAAACUCCAUGCCAUCCCAGAGAGCAAAGUUGUUCAGCACUGAGGCAUGGAGCACUGUGCACUUUGCACACUCCACAGCUGGGCCCAGCCUGUGCCCCAGGGAGCCUGGACCAUCCCAGAGCUCCUGGGACCAGGCACUAGAGAAAGACACCCUGAGUUUUACCUGGCCUGACACCCUUUUCUAGGGAAGACCUGUGAAUCUGAGCCCAAGGGCUGGUGUACACUUGUUUACUGUGUAAGCAAGAGUAGAAGAAUGUCUAAUGUACAGUGGAACCUUGUACAGAAUAAAUAAUAGCUUUGAGAAAGAA